AUGUCUUUGCGUUCAAAUCCAGGACAGUAUCAGCACUUUAAUGUGACGUUUCCCCAUGAGCGUGUGGUGCAGGUCACAUUGAACAGACCUGAGAAAUUGAACUCCAUCACUCAAGUCACUAGCCGGGAAAUUCAGAAAAUUUGGGAGCAGUUUGAUCAAGAUGAGAGCUUAUGGGUCGGCAUCAUAACGGGCUCUGGGAGGGCCUUUUGCACCGGCGCUGACCUUCAAGAAUGGAAUGCGAUGAACAAGUCCGGGGUUAUCAACAAAAUGACUGCACCAGGUCUCGCUGGACUGCCUCGAAGAAGUGGCAAGAAGCCAAUUAUCGCAGCCGUGAAUGGCAUAUGCAUGGGGGGCGGUUUCGAGAUGGUAGCAAACUGCGAUCUUGUCGUCGCUUCCUCAUCCGCCAUCUUUGCUCUAGCGGAAGUGAAGCGAGGUAUCGUCGCGGUCGCGGGAUGUCUACCUCGAUUGACUCGAACACUGGGGUUACAACGUACUAUGGAUCUUGCGCUUACGGGAAGAAAUAUCAACGCAAAGACUCUCUACGAAUGGGGUCUGGUUUCUCGACUCGUGGAAACGGGAGAUGACGUUGUGCAGGCUGCGCUCGCACUUGCGCAAGAAAUGUGUGCCAAUAGUCCUGAUGCGUUGAUUGUUGGUCGUCAGGGAAUUCGAUUGAGCUGGAAAUCGGGAAAUGUUGAGGAGGCAGUGACAACUCUGGAGAAUGAGUGGUACCCUCAACUGAUGGCAGGCCAUAACUUUGGCGAAGGUAUACAGGCAUUCGUGGAGAAGCGCCCGCCAAAGUGGGUAAACUCGAAGCUAUAG